CCCUUUCAAAAACAAAAUUGCAAAUUUAAUAAUAUACACACAUGUAUGAGAAUGUGUAUACAUAACUGUUAAUUGGCAGAUUUACAGAUCUGGAAAAAAGGAGUAUACAAAAUCGAGUUAAAUAUAUGCGAAAGAACAUGACAAAAAGGAAAAGUGUUGCUAAAUAAUCAUGUAUUGUGCAUAUGAAUACAUAUACUUGCAUAUGUGUGUACUAAAGUGAAUGCAAAACAAGCUGCAAACGUAAAGUUGUGAACGUGUGGACGCCACUCCUUUUGUGCGAAAAGAGAAAAAAUUAUUAAAUGUAAAAAGGCGGCGUCGUCGUCGUCGUUGUUGUCGUCUGUGCGUAUAUAGAGAUUGAGCGAGAGCUGCUGCGCCGGAGUUGAACUUCGCAUAUGCAUACAUACCAACAAACGUAGUGUGUGUGAGAGUGAGUGUCGGCAAAUUUCUACAGAGCAAACAGAAACACAACACACUGUGAUAGAAAUUUGCAUUUACUACAAACAAAAUGCUUGGCACGGCGGUUGCUUGAUUAGCAAACAGCAAAAAAUACGAAAGAACAACAACAACAACAACGAAAACGACGCUCUCCACGCUUGAGAGGAGUAGGUGGCCAGCCUUAACGACAGCAGUAGCAGCAACAACUAUCAGCACCUGGAAUUAACACAGCCAAACACAAUUGCAAUGCCAAAACUUUCAACGGUCGUUAGCGCUUAGCUGCCCAAAAAAAACACACACAAAAAAAAACAAAAGUCAAUUCCAAAGCUAAAAACUACAACCAACAAACGUAGGACAAGGAAACUAAGACAGAUCCAGCAUGGAGAAGCCCAUGCAGCAUGCGCCCGCUCCCGUUGGGAAAGUCUCUCAGAUUGCCAACAUAUUCCAGCGGAAGCCCAUUGAGAUUCAGCCGGUGGAGCAGCUGAGCGCCGUUGCAGCGGCGCACGCAGCGGCCGCCGCCGCAGCUGCGGCCAAUCCAACAACAAAUGUGCGCACCGAAUCCCACUCGGCCAGAUUCAACAAUGCUCGCGCGCUCUUCGAGAAGCUGGGCGUGGAGUCCAACACGAAUGUGAGCUCACGGCUGUUGCGCAGCAAUUCACGUGAGGAUAAUCUGUACGAAGGCUCCGAUCGUUCCUCGUCGCGCUCCUCGGACCGUUCACAGUCGCCGCCGAAGCGACGCAUACCAUUCCCAUCUGGCGCCAGCCUCAAUCAGGGCAACAAUAUUUCACAAAACUGUGUGGAUCGCCUGAAUAACAGUAAAUUUAUAGUGGAUUCCACGCCAGCUGCCAAAUAUCCAUCACACAAUCUCGCGCGACUGAAGUCGGAGGAGCUGAACUCCGUGGCUGUGACGCCGCCGUCGAGUGGUUCGGUCAGUGCACUCUUUGCCAGCAGCGGCGUAGUGGGAGUGGGAGGGGGAGGGGGAGGCGGCGGCGGCGGCGAUAAGCCAGAGAAGCCCGAACGCAAAUUCAAUUCGAGGGAGCUCAUCGAGAAGCAAAAGAAGUGGACCUCGCACUUCACCAAGACAAAGACAACGCGCACGCACAGCGAUCUCAAUCGUUGCGAUAUCAUACGCACGGUGCCCGGCACGGGCCUAAUUAUGGAUGUGGAGCGAACACCCAAGGCGAGUCCGGAGCUGCGGCAGCAUGCGAUGGUGGUUGCUGGAGCUGCGAACGUUGCCACGCCGCUGCCGCCGUCCUCGAUUCCACCCGAGAUCAAGCCUCGAAGUGGCAAAAUUGGUAGCCCCGUCAAGUCGCCCCCCUUGCCGCCCAUUCCAGCCGUUAAGCCAAAGAACGUAAGUCCCGUUAAGUACAACGCAGCGACUAACAAAUGCGCCGAGGCAGCGCCUCCGCCACCACCAGCCAAAUCGGCAGCUGUGACGGCGGCCAUGCAACGCUCGGCGCUGUUGCAACAGGAGCAGCAGCAACAGCAAAGUGCACCUGUGCCACCUGAGAAGCCGCGCAAGAAAUCCAUUGAUCUGAUUGAGGAUGCAGUGCCAGUCACUUGCUCGACGCCCUCAUCCUGCGCCUCGCCCACCAGCGUCCAUCUGCAGGCGGCCAAGCGAGGCUCUAUCGAUGCCCCUGUGGGCGGAGCACGCGACAUAGGCAACAGUAAUGGACUCAGCGGCAGCACCAAUUCAGCGACCUCUGCCUCGCCAGACCAGGCCAGCGCAUCGUCGGGCCCCUCCUCACCCGUUUACACGGAGGACGAGAAGCAGGAGAAUGAAUCCACAGAGAAGUCCGAUAAUGAGCAUUAUCAGAGCAAAUACAACAGUGUGCCAAGACGACGACGCCGCAGCGAGAACGAAGGUCAAAAGUCUGUGGAUGAGCCAACCGUAGUUCAACAGCAGUCGCAACAGCAUCAAUAUUCCAGCUCCAACUCUGUGAACGGAUCUCCGCAGCGUGUGGCCAACAAGCGCAGCAGCAUCACCGUGAAUAUGCCAGCCGCAGGAUUGGGUCAGCGGCCGCCUAGCAUCAUUUCGACAGCCAGCCAGGAGGAGAGCGGCGGGUUGGACGAAGGCAAAGAUCAAGGGCUCAAGGCGAAGCUGCAGUCUCCUGGGGAUGAGAGCCAGGAGCAGCCAGACAGCCUCAACUAUGUGGACGUUGGCUAUCGCCUCAAUCCCGAUGGCAGCGAGUCGCGUGAGGUUUUCAGCUCAGAGGCGGAUCUGUAUGUGACGGCUAAGGUGAGCGAUAUGCAGCGCAAGUUCCAUGGCGCCAACGGAUUCGUUCAGGAAUCCAGCACAGUCUAUGCGAUUAUCGUGCCGGAGCAGCAGCAGCAGCAGGUGGAGCCACCCAUGGCCGCAGCUCCCCGAGCUCUGUUGCAGUCGCCGACAACAAGCGUAGAUGGAUCGCCGUUACAUCGUGGCGCUUUUAAUUCACCGCCAGUGGGCGUGGUCUCGCCCAUCAGGCGCAGCAGUGGCCAGCAGCAAAGUGAGCUAAAUGGUGGAGGAAACGAUGAAACAUGCAGCACUAAAACUCCUCCUCAACUGUCACCAGUCAAAGGCAUAGCGCCCAUUGCCUCCAUCGAUCCUCACGAGGAGGAACUCAACGACGAGGACGAAGAGGACGAGCAGCUGGCCGUUGAAUACGUUGAUGUGCUCAACGAGGAAGAGGACGAGGAGGAGCAGGCACCAGUUUUGCCCGAACGCUGUGCACCGGCACUUGAGCUUCAAGACCUGGAGUAUGCGGACACCAGCGCCGGCGAGGAUGAAGAGGAUAUGCUCCAGCACUUGAAUGGCGAUGCCAUUGACGAAAUGAUCAAGGUGCAUAUAACACCUGCACCGGCACCAACAACAGCGCCUGCACCAGCUCCAGCUCCAGCUCCAGUUUCAGCCCCAGCUGCUGCUCCUGCCGCGGCUAUGCCGCGCGAUGAUAGCUUGCCAGAUGCCAUGACAGCCGCUGAGGCCGAACGACUGUUGAGUUCGAGCAUUUUGGAAAACAAAAUCAGACAACAGUCGCUGCUGUCUGACGAGCAGGCCAAAGAAGUUGAACAGAUACUCAACGUCUCGCCCAACGUGGGCGUGGCUGUUGCUGCCGUUGUUGCCACUGCAACAUCGCCGACCAGCAUCAAGAAUCUCAUCGAGGAGCAGUCCACAAGCACACAGACAAAGCACACACAGAUUGACACUGCCCAGCCAGUGUCCGUUGUCGCCGAGGAAGAGCCAGAGGAAAAGCCAGCAGAAGCAAAAACUGAAGUCGAUGCACCAGAGGAGGAGCAGGUUGAGGAAGACUUUGAUUCGGAUGACGUGGAGGCGGUGAAUAUUGUGGGCAUUGGACAUGCAGUGGCCACAACUUCUGCACUGAAUGCGACAUUCGUUAAGGCGGACAGCACAGAGACAGAGAACACAGCGACAACAACGACCACAACAACACCGUCAACGGCAACAGCAUCGACAACCAGGCACGAUGAGGACGAGCCGGAGUGGCUGCGCGAUGUAUUAGAGGCGCCAAAGCGUAGCCUUGAGAAUCUGCUAAUAAACACAACGACAGCACAUCGAGCAGAACUCGAGAAUGGUCACGAGGCCAACGAGGGCAAACAUUCCGAUCUGAAUCAGACCUACAUCGCCGGAGAGUCGCUGCACGAGUCCAUCGUCUCCGUGGAGUCCACUCAGUCGGAUGCAACGUUCAAUCAGACGACCACCAUCGAUGACAGCAUCAUCUCCAGCAAGCACAACUCCACGUAUUCGCUAGCCGACGUCGAGCAGGCAACCAGCUCGACUGUAUUGAGCACUGGCCUAACCGAGCUAGACGACAGCCAGUACUACAUACCCGAGUAUCCGCCAGUGAGGAGCAAGGAGGUGCUGGUAGAGGCGGGCGUGCAUUACUUCGAGGAUGGCAACUUUUGGAUGGAAGUGCCUGGUCUGCUAGACUUUGACGACGACGACUGCUCAUAUCCGCCAAUCACCGUUCGCAAGAAUCCGAAGGUGCGCUUCAGCUCCGGUCCCAUACACGUCUACUCCACGUUCUCUGUGACUGACUACGAUCGCCGCAAUGAGGAUGUCGACCCGGUGGCCGCGUCAGCCGAAUACGAGCUGGAGAAGCGUGUCGAAAAGAUGCACGUUUUCCCAGUUGAAUUGAUGAAAGGUCCCGAGGGUUUGGGUCUCAGCAUCAUUGGCAUGGGCGUUGGCGCCGACGCUGGCUUAGAGAAACUUGGCAUAUUCGUUAAAACGAUCACGGACAACGGAGCCGCAGCACGCGACGGGCGCAUACAAGUCAACGAUCAGAUAAUCGAGGUAGACGGCAAGAGUCUGGUGGGCGUUACCCAAGCCUAUGCAGCUUCAGUAUUGCGCAAUACGUCCGGUCUAGUCAAAUUCCAAAUCGGACGUGAGCGAGAUCCCGAGAAUUCCGAGGUCGCUCAGCUCAUACGGCUGAGUCUGCAAGCGGAUCGAGAGAAAGAGGAACGCAUCAAACGUCAACAAGAGGAGUAUCUGCGUCGCACGCUCGACUACUCCGAGGACUCGACGCAGCCCGUGUCCGCCAAUUCGAGUGUCUGCGAGGGACCCUCGAGUCCCGUACAGGUCGAGCAUCCAAUGGAGGUCGAGGCCACACACUCGCAGGAGGUCGAGUCGCUGAAGCGACUCCUCCAGGAGAGCGAAAUGUGUUGCUUGGUUAAGGAAGAAAUCAUUCAAAAUCUGAAACGGAAGCUGGUGAAGCUGGAAACAACGGGCAAUGAGAACGAGCUGCUGAGCGAACGCUUGCGGCAGAGCGAGCGGGAGCUGGGCAACAUCAAGAAGGAGGCGGCCAAUCUGCAGAAUAUGCUGCAGCAGUCCCAGGCCCAGUACAUGGCGUUGGACAAGAAGUACAACAAGGCCAAGCGGCUGGUGCGCGAGUAUCAGCAGCGGGAGCUGGACAUGUGCCACCGCGAGGAGUUCUACCAGCAGCUGCUGCAGGAGAAGGACACCGAGUACAAUGCGCUGGUCAAGAAGCUAAAGGAUCGUGUCAUCAAUCUGGAGCACGAGCUGCAGGAGACGCAACGAAAGGCUGGCUUCCCAGUCGGCCUGCCCUACGACAGCGCCACACUGAAGCUAACGCCCCAAAUGAUGCGCAAGACGCCGCCAAAGCCGCUCUUCCAUAAGCUGGAAACGGAGCUGUCCGACACGGAAAUCUCCGACUUGUCGCCCGACGGCGAUGGCGUCAAGACGGCAACGGUUGAGCGCAAAGUUCCCGUUAAGGAUGAACUAGACGCGGCCGUGCCGCAGCACGAGCUCCUCGACAAUUCGGUGAACAAGACCAAGAUCGAGCUGGCCUCCCGGGGUGGUCUAGCCAAUCGCCAGCUGCCAUCCUCGAACGUGCCCAAUGGCAGCAGCAGCAGCAACGGGGCCGGCGAGCUGCUGCUGAAUGGCAAUCUGUCCAAGCGCAGCAGAAGCAACAGCCGCAGCUCCGACUGCACACUGGACGACAGCGAUGAGGAGGAGGCGCAGGAGGUGGUGCAGCUGGAGCAGACUGGCCACAUUUUGGCAGCCAGUGCGCCCGUGAGCCACGAAAGCAUCAGCCUGUCCAAUGGCAAUUCGCAUCUGCUGGCCAACAUGAACAACCUGCUGCAGAGCCAUCCGCCUGCCUCGAACGCCAUUAUAGGCAGCGGCAUUAUUCCAGUCUCGAACGGACAUGUGGGCACCACCACGGCCAUUUUGCUGAACUCGACGUCGACCUCGGCCUCGUCCAGCUCAUCGAACCAGUCGACGGCGCGCGAAGCACAAAUCAAUCAGCUGUACGCUCAGGUGCACAAGGAUCCCAGCAAGCAACAGCAGCAGCAGCAGGCGCAGCAUCAAGCGUCCGGCUUGUUCAAGACCUCGCUGGGCUCGCCCGCCGACGCAGGAGGCGGCUUGAAUGACUUCCAUCGGGGCAGCAUGACUACCUUUGGCACGGCCAGCAAUCGUGAUCUCAACAGCUCGUACGAUUCAAUUGUGGGCUCCAAUGAUAAGCUGGCCGAUGCGAAUGACCAGGGCGAGAACUGGAUGUAUCCCAGCCGGCGACGCGUCGCCCCCAAUGGCGCCAAGUUGCCGGGCUCCAGUUUCACCGACCAGCUCAAUCAAGCACUGUCCGACCGUGAGAGGCGUCUGGGGGACGGCUCCUCGCGCCACUCCAGCGACGAUUACACGGAGAUCAACAAGAACCAAAGCGCCGCAGCGAUCAAUUGCAAAACGCUGAUCAAUGAGAUUCGCCAGGCGGUCAAUGAAGCACAGCCAAAAGUUAAACAAGUUGUUCCGCAAUCGCUCUCCCCGCCCGGCACAGUGCCCUGGCAGCAACAGCAUCAUCAUCAGACGCAGUCGGCCCAUGCCACGGGUCCGCCCUCACCGACGAGCAUGUCGUCGGGCUGCUCCUCGCCGGGCUACUCGCCCAGCCGAACCCUGGAUCUGUCCGGCUCCAGUUCCAGUUUCUCGGACAGAAAAGCUGCGGCCGCUUGCUACAAUUACAAAGGCGGCCCGGUGCACGAAUGGACCAAGGAACAGGUGGGCCACUGGCUGAUGGGCAUUGAGCUGGAGCGCUAUAUACCUGUCUUCAAGGAGCACAACGUGGAGGGCGGCGCCCUACUAACGCUCGACUCAAAGGACUUCAAGACCUUGGGCGUUUGCGGUGACGAUAAGAAUAGGUUGAAGAAGCGCCUGAAGGACCUGAAGGCGAGCAUCGAAAAGGAGCGCAAGGACAUGGAGCGAGAGCGUCGCGAGCGCGAGAAAGCCAUACGCAAGGCCGAAAAGAAGGCGGCCAAAAAGAAAUAAGUAGUUGAAUUCUAGACCUUAAGCAACAAAGUAGCCAAAAACCAAACCAUAUAUGCAUACUGGGCAGUCAUAACAUCUCUAUGCAUACCACAACAGAUGCGUUUAAAUAUAUAUAUAGAUAUACGUAUAUAUUUAUAGGAACAUAACACAUAUAUACAAGUAUAUAUUAGUGCUUAAACUUAUAAACGAUAAUAUAAGACAAACCCCAUAAAUUAUUUGUACAACACACAAACACACACACACAAACAAACACUUAGAGAUCUAUAAUACGUACUACAUUUUAAACUAUUGAAAUUAAUACAGCCUAGACGUAUUUAUGAACUAUUCUAUAAAAUAUAUAAUAAUAAAAAUUGAAAACACAAAGAGGAAGACAACACAGACAUGGUCCAGAGUUGGGUGGGUAAAGGAUGCCCAAACUGACAUUGAAAUCCAAAAAGGUUUAAAAUCACAACUUAAGUUAUCCAAAUCGAAAGAGAAGAGAAGAAAGAAUAAGCACACACCAACAUAGAAAAAAAAA